GAGGGACACCCAGCCUCUCUGGUCCAAUCUGUGAGCCAUGGGGCCUAGCUAAUUUCUUGCCUGUAAUCAGAUUAGCAGGCACUGAGCAGCUUGAGUUAGGCUGCACUGGAGGAUGUCUGUUUAGUAUUAGCCGUUAGCCAGUUUGCUAUUAGCGUUACUGCUGAAGGAGACUAGAGGGGAGCUGUCAAGAGACUCUGCCUGCACAGAGGGAACCAACGCUGCACUGCAGCCCCUACCACGCGCUACUACUGCUGAUCGGGGAUCAGCUCCCCCACUCUACUCUUUCUCUCCCUACCCUUCUUUCUCUAACACUACCUGACUCACUCCCUUCUCCUUCUGCCUCUCUCUCUUUCUCUCUGUGCUGAGGGCAGCUCGUCCCGGGGCACUGACUGACUGCGUUUUUUGUUUCUCUGCAUCACCUUGCAGUCAGUUGCCUGCCUGCGGGUCGGACUUCAGCACUUCUCUCUUUCCAGCUCUCUUUCUCUAUCCCUCUCUUCUUCCAUCUGUCCUCUGGACCUACCUGGUCUUGCAAGAAUGUAUCGGAACGCAAACCCGUGGAUCUCAAACUACCUGAGCCAUGUUAAGUUCUGCAGACAAGGACUUGGGAGUGAGAGCCCCAUCAAACUUGGAAACGCGAGACUUCUACAGAAGACGGCUCUCGGCUUCCAGAAAGAGUUUUCGUUCGAAGGGAAGGACGACCCAGCCAAGAACACCAAGGAUAUAGAUGUCAAGCUCUUGGCAAACCUACCCAAAGUUUCAGAAUUGAGGAAGCGUUUUGAAAGCAUCAGCCCAACCACUAGCUGGGAAAUGAACAGGAAAGAGAGGAUUGCCCGGCGGUUGGAGGGUAUAGAAAGUGAGGUGCAGCCCGCCAUAUUACCCAGCUGCCCCGGCCUAGUGACCAAUCGGCUGCUAGAGGAAGACACACCCCGCUACACACGUGCCUCGGACACCUGUGACCCCUGUGUCGUGCAGUGUUACAGUAGGGAGGACCUGGAGAGUCCAGAGAUGAUGACCCAUCAGCAGGUCCCUGCUCCAGAGAGGCAGUCCAGAGCCCGGAGCCGGCCUGAGUGCCAGACAGUCCCAACUGAACCCAUUUACAGCUCUGACUCCGCAGGUACCGACCUGGACUCCAAGGCAGAUCGGAUCGCUCGCUACAAGGCGGAACGGCGUCGGCAGCUGGCCGAGCGCUACGGUAUGUCUCUGGACCAGGAACCAGACUCCACCACCGAUCACUUCUCCUCCCGAUCUGGCUCCGCCGGUGGUCUCAAGGGGUCUGACACCUCUUCGGUGAGGCAGCAGGGCUACACAAAUGUCAAGCCACGCCCCAGGGCGGAGUCUGUGGGGAAUGAACCCUCCUACACCUCCGGCAGCUCCAGGGUGGGGAGAGUGGCCACCCAGCCACAAGGCUCCGGCGAGCAUGGCCAGGGGCGACCCAGGGUGGACUCGUUCACGGAGAGGGAGAGGGUGAUGAACCUGGAGAACCAGCGCAGGGCGGGGCAGCAGGAGAGGAACAUCAGUGCCCUCGAGCUUCCCUCUUCCGCCAGCUACAUGGAUGUGACGUCAUCGUCACCCACCUCGGCCAAGGUGCCCGUCGCUAACGACUACACCGUCACAGGGGUGCCCCCCAGCUCUCCCAAGACGACCCGGAAGUCUUCGCUGCCCUCCCCCAAACAGGGGGUAUCCCCUGGGGACCUCUUCAUAGAGCAGCAGGCCCACAAUAUCCUCGGCAGACAGGGCCCGGAGGUGAAACUAACCAGCAAUUGGUUCCUCCAGACCGAUUCGGAAGGCAACACCCAAUCCCUUAUCAACUGGCCCUCCAGAAUCAGAGUUAGGGAGAGGCUCGUCAAGGAGGAGGGAAUCCGACUGAGUCCAGAGCUGGGCCACCGUGUCGCUGAGGCCCCCCUGUACAGGAGACACCCCCAGCCCCGGGCCACCACCUUCCCCACAGCCCACCAUGACCACCAGGCUCCAGCCUACACCACCACCAACCCUACAGGCCCACAGCCAGCCUACUCUCACCCCCAGCCUCAGCUCACCCGUUCUGGGCUGAGUGAUGACCCCAGCUAUCUGUCCAUGGACACCGGCCCCGGUCCCAAGGCACAGCAGCCCCAACAGCCUCAGCCGCAGGAGGAAGAGGAGAUGGAGGGAGAGGUGGAUGAGGAGAGGAGGGGCGCCCAUAGGGAGGGCAGACAGGAAGUGAGGACGGAGGGACUACUGAAGAGCAGGAAAGCUGUGCUGCCAUCGGAGAUCAGACGCAGGGAGAAGAGCACAGAGGAUCCGCGUGGGAGCGGCCCCAGGAGAGACGAGGAGCAGGCUGGCUACAGCAGGGCCCGAGAAGGCCAGGGAGUAGGACACGGGAGGAAGGCUGAGCCGGAGGGGCCCAGAGGAGGAUGCAUGGGAGGAGGGAGAACCAGGAUGAGACUGGAGGAACCGGACACAGACCCUGAACCAAUCAGACCUACAGGGGAACUCGUCUCCCGCCUGCUGGCCGCAGAGGUCAGAUCCUCAGAGGAGCGCCAACAACCGCGGAAUGACGACGCCAUUUACAUCCAGACCAGGGGAGGAGCCAUGACCACAGACUCUCCCGUCUCCUCCAGGCGCCCCACGUCGGACACUGGGGCCCUUAGAGGCUCCAUCCCCAAGACCCAAGAACCAGGUCCAGGGUGGGUCAGAGAGGCAGCAGUCCUGCAACAAUGGGCCAGUGAGGAUGGGAUCAGUAACGGAGACCGGAGCCCUCCAGAGACCAGGGACGCUCGUGUCUCUGUGGCCAAGCUUCGCCACUCCUACCUGGAGGGUGCUACGACUGCUACUGCCCCAGUCGUCAGGCAAACAAAGCUGGAGGAAGAGGUAGAGUUGGUGUACCCGGGGGGUACGGGGUUCCCCUGGCGAGGGCAGCGGGACAGUACGGAUGUCCCGUGGAGGGGGGACAGGGGGCGCAGGCCCAGACUCUACAUCUCCCCCGGAGAGAGUAGAAAGACUUCCGAGAGGUUUAGGACCCAGCCCAUCACCUCGGCUGAGAGACAGCUGUCUGAUAGGUCUUGUUUGGGCCCAGAUCUACCCAGCACUGAAGCGGAUGAAGAGAAGUUGGAUGAGAGGGCCAAGUUGAGUGUUGCAGCCAAGCGGUCUCUCUUCAGGGAGUUGGAGAGGGGCACUGACGGGGGUGCCCCCAAACCCCAGUCCCGGAACGCGGCCAUCGAGAGGCGACUGAGACGCAUCCAGGACCGCUCCCGUACCCAGCCGGUCACCACUGAGGAGGUGGUCGUUGCUGCCACUGUCCCGGCUCCCUCGUCACAAACUGUGUCUGUCGAUACGACCCGAGCACGCAUACCGAGCCCCACACUAGUCAGCUGCACUGUGACACCGUACAGUCUGCAGGCGUCCUCACAGCGAAGCGCUGCGGCCAAGGAGCAGGCCAGGGAGGCACGGCGGGCUCAGGAUGCCCUGGAGGCCCAGAGAGAGGGGCAGCGCACCACCACCAUGCUCCUCCAGACCUCCUCUCCCCCCGAGGAGACACAGGCCCGGCACCAUCAGGGCCAUGGGGAUGCAGAGCCAGAUCUGUCCACCCUCAGCCUGGCAGAGAAGAUGGCUCUGUUCAACAGGCUGGCCCAGCCUGCUACCAGGGUGACCCGGACCAGGCCUGAUACCAGGGGGCGCAGGGCCAACGCCCGCUACCAGACCCAGCCCAUAACCCUGGGAGACAUGGAGCAGGACCCCUCAGACACAGACACUUUUGAUGAACAGGAGCUGUGUGACGAGGGCCCAGUAGAAGUCCCUCAGGGCCAGUGCGGCAUUACACAAAUCCAAGCCGGGGCCAGGUUCGACCAGCUCUCCUCAUCAGCUCUCAGACCUGGGGCCACGGUCUCCACAGACCACGCAGGGGACAUCCACCUGGCCAGGGAUUGCGGGGGUAGCUCCGCCGAGGCCGCUCUCGCUGCACCCAACCCUGGGUACUACGAGAGCUCCAUCCCCCGGCACACCAGUCCUCCCACCCAGAUCACAGAACCCUUCAGUGCCGUCUGGAAGUCUGUGCCCGGCCCCCACCACCAGGCCUCUCUGGAUCUCCAGAGCCACCAGGCUGACACGACCACAGUCCUCCCCCAAGAAGAGGAGCAUGGUCUGGGAGGAGGGAAGAGGAAGCUGCCCUCUCCAGAGGGAGUUGUCAGACAGGCCCCCCUGCCCCAGCCUCCGGCCUGGUCUGGGGGGACGGAGUGGGAGGAGGUGCAGCGUGUAGCCAGGAGAGGUGAGGGUGUGGAGCCCCAGCGCUCGUUGAUGAGAUCAGAGAGCCAGGACCAGAGACUGCACCAGGAGCAGACGGGCUAUCUAAGACCGUUAUCACAAGAACUGCAGGACCCAGACAGGCUUGGGUCAAAGGUCGUCAGCACUGAGCUGCCGGAGCCCAGCGUGUCAUCGCUGAGAACAGCAGUAGCAGCAGGGCCACUAAGGAGCGUGUCUCUCGCUCCACACACACAGCUGUCUCAGGAGCUGGGAGGAGCGGACUCGCUCACGGACCGCAGCAGUGGUCUGGGACACGCACACAGCCUGGUCCAGUCGGAGCAGGAGGACAUGGAGCUCUCCGAAGCCAUGUCAGCCAGACAGAUGUCCAUCAAAGACAGGCUGGCCCUAUUGAAGAAGAGUGGCGAGGAGGACUGGAGGAACAGGAUUAAUAAGAAGCAAGACGUGGUGAAGGUGGCCGUGUCAGAAUGCCACGCUCAGCUAUGGGAGGUGGAGCAGAGCUUCAAGAAGAAGGAGGAAGGGAUGAUGAUCGAUGAGUUGGCUGUGUCUGAUCAGCUCUGGGAGCCGGUCUUUUCCACCCCUUUCUCUCCUCCUCCUGAUCUCCCUGACGGGGAUCUAAGUGUCGAUCAGUACAGCCAGCAGAGGAUGGGAGGAGGAGAGGAGACCCAGAGCCGCCGUAUAGACAUGUCUAUCCAGGAGAGGAAACAGCUGAUCGUGGCCCGAGAGGAGGCCUGGAAGUCCAAGGGCCUUGGGGCUGCCAACGACUCCACGCAGUUCACCGUGGCCGCACGCAUGGUCAAGAAAGGUCUGGCUUCUCCUUCAGCUCUCAUCAACAGCCCUGUCAUGUCUCUCCUCUCCAAACCCAAGAACACCACUCCUGCCAUCUCCAAGCCUCUAGAAGAGAUCGAGGCAAAACCGGACAUGAACUUGGAGUCAGACCGGAAGUUGGAUAAGCUGGAGUCUUUCCUGGGCAAGUUGAACAGUAAAGUGGGCGGCCUGCGGGAGUCCACCAUCACGGUGACGGAGAAGACGGUCAAAGAGGUCAUGAACUUGGAUGAUGAGAUGUUUGAUAAGUUCUACCGCCAAGUGGCUGAGAUGCCCCUGAACAUGAACAGCAAGGUGGACAUCAACGAUGACUUUGACGACAUUUUCGGUGGUACACAGAUGCCCAAGCUGACCUCCGCCAUGGUGCAGCACAAGCGGUCCGUGCGUCCUGUGCGCAACGUCCAGUCGUCCAGGAACCCACUGAAGAUGCUGGCGGCCAGAGACGACAUCAGACAAGAGUACACGGAGCAGAGACUCAACAUCGGCCUGCUGGAGAGCAAGAGGAUGAAGGAGGAGAAGAUGUGUAAGAACAGUGGAUUCUCUGAGGUGGCUCUGGCUGGACUGGCCAGUAAAGAGAAUUUUAGCAGCGUUAACCUGCGGAGCGUCAACAUCUCCGAGCAGAUGUCCAACAACAGCGCCGUGCCCUACAAGAAACUCAUGCUCAUGCAGGUCAAAGGCCGACGGCACGUCCAGACCAGACUAGUGGAGCCCAGAGCGUCCUCUCUGAACAGCGGGGAUUGCUUUCUGCUCAUCACUCCUCAUCACUGCUUUGUCUGGACUGGAGAGUUCGCCAAUGUCAUCGAGAAGGCUAAGGCUGCUGAGUUGGCCCAGUUCGUUCAGACCAAGAGAGAUCUGGGUUGCCGUGCCAACUAUGUAGAGCUGAUCGAGGAGGGCAUCAACACACACAGCUAUGCUGCCAAGGAGUUUUGGAAGAUUCUGGGCGGACAGGCCAGCUACCAGUCCGCGGGGACGCCAGACGAGGAUGAGCUGUAUGAGAGCGCCAUCGUAGAAACCAACUGCAUCUACCGCCUAGUGGAUGACAAACUGGUCCCCGAUGACGAUUUCUGGGGGAAGGUUCCCCGAUGCACUCUGCUCAGCCCCAAACAGGUGUUGGUGUUGGACUUUGGCAGUGAGGUGUAUGUCUGGCACGGUAAGGAGGUGACUCUGGCCCAGAGGAAAGUAGCCUUCCAGCUGGCUAAACACCUGUGGAACGGAACCUUCGACUACACCUGCUGUGACAUCAACCCCCUGGACCCUGGAGAAUGCAACUCACUCAUACCCAGGAAAGGCCAGGGUCGUCCAGACUGGGCUGUAUUUGGGAGGUUGACACAACACAACGAGACCACCCUAUUCAAGGAGAAGUUCCUGGACUGGACAGACUCCAAGAAGAAAGGCACGACCAAAAACGGCCACGAACACCUCAACGAACACAAGGAGCAACCGAGCUCGGAACAGAAUACGACGCGGUCCUACGAUGCGUCCUUGAUGCUGCCGUUACUCCAGACCCCGGUGCGCACGGUGCUGGAUGGGGUGGACGUGGGUCGGGGCUACGGCCCUGUGGCGGGGGAUGACCGCAGGCACUUUGAAAUCAGCACCACUGCCGUGGACGUAUGGCACAUCCUGGAGUUCGAUUACAGCCGGCUGCCCAAGCAGAGUAUCGGACAGUUCCAUGAGGAAGACACUUACGUGGUGAAAUGGAAGUACAUGGUGAGCACCGCAGUUGGGAAGAGACAUAAUCCGGAUGCGGUGAGGAGUGCAGGAGCUGGGAAGGAGAAGUGUUCCUAUUUCUUCUGGCAGGGACGGAAUUCUACCGUCAACGAGAAGGGAACGUCCGCUCUGAUGACUGUCGAACUGGACGAGGAGAGAGGAGCACAGGUCCAGGUGCAGCAGGGGAAAGAGCCUCCAUGUUUCCUGCAGUGCUUUAAUGGAGGGAUGGUGGUCCAUGCAGGGAAGAGAGAAGAGGAGGAGGAGAACUCUCAGAAUGACUGGCGGUUGUACUGUGUGCGCGGUGAGGUCCCUGUGGAGGGCCACCUGCUGGAGGUAGCGUGUCACUGCAGCAGCCUGCGCUCCCGCACCUCUAUGGUACUGCUCAGUGUCUCCAAGGCAACCAUGUACUUGUGGCACGGCUGCAAGGCUCCGCUCCACACCCGCGACGUGGGCAGCACCACCGCCAACAAGAUCAAAGAGCAGUGUCCAUUGGAGGCGGGGCUCCACAGCAGCAGCAGGGUGACCAUCCAUGAGUGUGACGAGGGGACGGAGCCUACGGGAUUCUGGGAGGCUCUGGGGAGGAGAGAUAGGAAGGCCUACGACUGCAUGAUACAAGAUCCAGGGAAGUUCAACUUCACCCCUCGUCUCUACCACCUGAGCAGCACGUCUGGAGAGUUCGUAGCUGUGGAGGUCUUCUACCCAGCCAGAGUAACAGAGGCGGUCAACUCACUGCCCUUCCUACAGGAGGACCUCUACAAUGUCUCACAACCAGGCCUGUUCCUGGUAGACAACCACCACGAGGUGUACCUGUGGCAGGGCUGGUGGCCCCAGGAUGGCGAGAGCCCCGGCUCUGCCCGUAUCCGCUGGGACGCGGACAGGAAGUGUGCCAUGGAGACGGUGCUUCAGUACUGCACAGAGAAGAAUGAGAAGAAGCCUCCCAAGUCCUAUCUGAUCCAUGCGGGACUUGAACCUCUAACCUUCACCAACAUGUUCCCCUGCUGGGAACACAGGGAGGACAUCGCUGAGAUCACUGAAAGGGAGGCGGAGGUGUGUAACCAAAUCAUCCUGGUAGAGGACGUGUUGGCACGGCUGUGUAAGACCACCUACCCCCUGGCAGACCUGCUGGCGCGGCCCCUACCCGAGGGAGUGGACCCCUUACGCCUGGAGAUCUACCUAGACAAUGAUGACUUUGAGGGUGUAGGGGCUUAUGGGAAGAAAGGUCUGGAGAUGUCAAGGGAUGAGUACGAGCUGUUGCCAGGCUGGAAGCAGGUGAAUGUGAAGAAAGCCAGAGGAUUGUUUUAGUACGUUGGACAGAACGCUUGACCACCGGAUAGCAGCAGCAGCAGCAUCAUCAUCAGCAAGCGAUGGUCGGUCGCUGAGGUGCAUCGUUGGCCUGAAUUGGAACGAGGACCCGCCACUGAGAACUCUUUAGGUUGACCAAGAACGCCUUCACUUCUGGACUGGAGAGAGCUCGGAAACAGGCUCUUCUGAGUACCCUUCUCUACGAUGGAGGGAGGGAGGAAGGAAGGAGGAGAGAUGCAGUGGGUGGAGGGAGUGAAAGAUCAGCGAAGGUGUGCAAGCCUCUUGCAGUCUUGUCUUUUUCUUUAAUUUGUAUUGUUGGAGAUUGUGUGUGUGUGUGUGUGUGUGUGUGUGUGUGUGUGUGUGUGUGUGUGUGUGUGUGUGUGUGUGUGUGUGUGUGUGUGUGUGUGUGUGUGUGUGUGUGUGUGUGUGUGUGUGUGUGUGUGUGUGUGUGUGUGUGUGUGUGUGUGUGUGUGUGUGUGUGGGGAGUCUUGAGUGGAUGUUUAUGUAAUGUCAGCACCCGGCUUGUUAAAUCUACAGUGUGUGUGUGACCAUGCCUUUACAGUAUCAACCAUACAGGGUCUGUCAGUUGUUCUGGGAGCAGGAAAGCCACUCUGCUCGACACACUCCAAACAGACUCUUUCUGUAAGCGGUUUCUUUCGUGUGUUUUUCUCUUUCCAAAAAUAAUGUAUAUUUAUAUUGACAUAUAUAACAGGAAUAAAAAGCCUUUCGCGUAUUCAGUCGGUGAGCUAAGAAAUUAAAUACAUGUUUGUGUUAUUCAUGUUGUUGUCAUAUGUUAAGUAGUAGGACAGUAAAUGCUCCUUCCGCCCAGAGACUGUACAUGUCGCCAUUUUAUUGAAGAAAUCCUGUAUCUAGUGCAUUAUGUUGUAUCUGUUGUUGCUAUGAGGAUGUCCUGCAUCGGUCAGGUGCUCAGAUUGAAGAAAAGUGUUAUAUUUAACAGGCAUGAAUUGACAGAAAUAAAAAGAGAAAGGCAGAAGGAUCUUUCUAUUUGAAUUCAACAAUGUAUAGUGCCUUGCUUUAACGUACACUUUAUAUACAGGAAGACGGUAGUCUGUGUUAUAAAGACUCCCUUUGUGAUAUAAAGUAUUAUUGGCGAAAUAAACACUUAAAGUAAAUCGGAGUUGUUUCGCCUCUUUAUCACCUGAAAUGGGACAUUUUGUCUAAAUGGAUGUCCCAAAAUGGUAACUGUUUCCCUUUCAUAAUGCACUGCUUUUGAGUAGAGAACCCUAUGGGCCCUGGUCAAAAGUAGUGCACAAAAUAGGGUACCAUUUGGGGGGGGGGGGACACAUGCUUCCAUACAGUGCCUAAACCCUGAAAAUGACAUGCAGCAUCAAACUGGUAAGUCCAGUCCGUUGUUCUCUCAGAUAAAAAAAACGUGUAUGUUUAUGUGUGUGUAUAUCCAGUACCUGUAUGAUAUGUAUACUGUUGAAAAAUAUAAACACAACUUGUAAAGUGUUGGUUCCAUGUUUCAUGAGCUGAAAUAAAAUAUCUCAAAUGUU